AUGGCUUCAUAUACCGGAGCAUCGCAGCCUGCGUCGGCCUUCCAUAAAGUCAUUGACGCGGGCAACGAAUUUGAUGGUGACCUAGACAACAUGUGGAAGUUCUUUAUCCUCAACAAUUCCAAGCCGGUAGGAUACAUGGCCGAAGAAUUUGCGAAACAGAUGGACUGGGAAGGAACUUUCUUCAAAGUCUGCGAGAGCACGAGGACGAUACAUUUGAACCCAGACCUGCUCCCCGGCGAGGAUGCGACUGAGGUCUGCAAACAGCAAUUUACACGGCUCUGUGAGAUAAACAGGUCGCGAUUCAACGGCGUUCUUGACACAUGGCUCUCAAGAAAACCCUCAUUUGAAGCAAUCAGAUUCCUUGAUAGCCCUGGGGCCAUGUUGGAGAUUCCGACGCCGCUUCGCGGAAUCUUUGGCAUCGUGACGGCCGGUGUGCAUCUCAACGUGUAUACGAUAAUCGGAGGGCAGAUCUUCAUGUGGGUAGCGAAACGAUCGCAGACAGCCUCCUACCCCGGCAUGAUGGACCAGCCGGUGGCCGGUGGCAUGGAUCCAGAGGAUGGCUACGACGCCUGGGCAGCCCUGGAGCACGAAGCCUGGGAAGAGGCCGGCCUAGUUCUGGACCGGACUUCCCAGAAGUUGAUGGAAUCAUGCCAUACAUAUGUGUAUCCUGUCGAGGGCCCAUCGCGCAUUUCUUUUUAUGAUAGGAAGAAUCGCGAUGCAGGUGAUGCACAUGGCCAUAUUGAACCCGGUGUGCGGUUCGUGUUUGACGUGGAGUUUGAUCCCGACCAUGUCUUCGCUCCUAGCACCGAUGACGCCGUUGGAUACGUUAUUCUACAGUCUGUGAAUGAAGUCACGGAAGACAUGUUCAAUAACAAAUGGAAGCCAAAUUCAGCCCUCGCGGCAUUGGACUUUUUGUUGCGCAAGGGCUGCAUUGUCGAUGACGGGGAUGGUACAAUAGACGAGCUUCGGGCGCGGCUACAGAGACCGCUACCACUAGCAACCGAGUGA